AUGCCGGUGAUAGGGCUGUUUGGCGCAGGCGCCCAGGGUAGCCGCAACGGCGGUAAGGGUGUGAUGGAGGGCCCAGUUCCCUGGGUCUGUCCGGGGAUGCAGAGCGGCCCGCGCUGGGAAGGGGGGGGGAUGACGGCGGCGCCGUGCUGCUUGUCUGCGGCCUCGCUCCUCGCAGGCGACCCACGUCACGUUCCCAUGCAGGCGCGCCACAGAGUGUUGCCGCCCGCGGUUGCCGUAGCCGCUGGCAGAUUUAGAACCUGUGGAAGGUCUUCGUCGUCCAAUGUCCUGAUGGCGGUUGCGGAUGCUGGAAUUCGUGGGGAGAGAUGGGCCAAUGAAAGUGCCGUGAUGGGUCUGUAG